AUGAUCUUGUAUAAGGCAGACGACGCCCUGAUGUGCAAAGUGUUUGCGAUGACUCUGCGAGGAGCAGCUCAAGAUUGGUUCCACACUCUACCGUCCACGUCAAUAGGCAACUUCAAGGAGUUCGCCCUCAUUUUUACGAAGGAGUACACCUCAUACAAGACGGUUAGAAAGCAUGCAGACCACCUGUUCAACCUGCACAAGAAGCUAGACGAGUCUCUACGAGACUACCUGAGAUGGUUUAAGGAUGAGAAGGCUAACAUCAUAGGAUGCAAUGACCAAGUUGCAUUCUUAGCUUUCAAGAAGGGCUUGCCAACCGAGCACGAGUUAUACCAGGAGCUGGCCAUAACUCCAAGCCAAACCCUGGGGGAAGUGUUAGCGACGGCAGAGCGCUACGCACUUUGGGACGAUGAUCAUAUCGCCGCGAAGAAAGCCAGCAAGAAAGUUGACCACCCGAAGAAGCAGGCAAGCCAAAAGAGCAACAAGUUUGAGCAAAAAGCCCAGGACAAGCACAGAUCGCAGCCCCAAGAGGGAGGCUCAAAAACAGGGGCCUUCACCGAGUUCGCUAUCCCGAUCCACCAGAUCCUGGCACAAGUGAAGGAUAAGCCAUGGGUGAGAAUGCCACUACCCUUGAGGGGAGACCCCUCUGAGAGGGACACCAAUAAGUACUGCGCAUUCCACGGGGAGCACAGUCAUUACACUAACAACUACAACGCCUGGAAAAGGCACCUGGAGGAGAUGGUCAGAGAAGGCCAUUGCACAGAAUUCAUCGCAAAGAAGGCCAUCCAGCAUAUUGAGGAUCGCGAUGUAGCUGCCAAGGAACCUCUCCAAAGGUCAUUAGAAUCAACACCAUUCUAG